GUUUUUAUUUUCUCCGUUGUUGUAUUGGAAACCAUCGCAACGGAAUCGGUAGCAGGGGUAUCAAUCACUGUCGCUUACUUUAAUAUUAUUAUGGAGGAAAAUCUUCUUUGGGUGCCCUUGGUUCUGCAUACAGAAUGAUUGUCACGUCUGUAUUCGAGAAUGCCAGCAGGGGAGAGUGAAGCCAGAGCCAAGACCAGGGCCAGAUUUGACGAGGUUUUCAAGAGAUACACUGACCCUACUACAUCAGAGAAGAAAAAAGUAAAGAAGAAGAGUCCGACUCAGCCAGAGCAAGAGAGCAUUGUGCUCAAGACUUUGAAGCAAAACCUUGACCUUGUGAAAGACACAGAGGAUGAUGAAACUAUCCUCCAGAACACGUAUCAUCCUGACCAGGGCAGCCCUCGUUUCACCAAGAACAAGCGCAGGGAGAGGGAGCUCACAGAGAGGGUCAAUAACAACAGUGAAAACCAGGACGAGGAGGAGCAACUAACCAAAGUGAAGAGGAAGAGUAAAAGGGAGCUUCCUCCAGUCCCGGCGCAGCAGGAGGUCAGUUAUGUCAUUCCGAUUGAGCACACCAACAGCACUGCUGGAAAUGCCAAAACACCCAAAUCCGAGGCCUCCUUGGAGAAGGGGAAUAUUCCCGAAAGAAAGAGUAAGAAGGGGAAAAGCAGAGGAGAAGGAGACGAGGAGGUGUCCGAGGUCCAGAGUGUUGCUGUGGUGGAGACUGGGGAUGAGAUCCUACGUGAAUACCAGCGCCAGAUAGCACAGGAAGAGGAGAGAGCUACCGUGAAGAAGACAAUAGUGAAGAAGGCAACAACUGAUUGGACCAACACUGCCUCUCAGGAAGUCAUGGCGUUGAAUAAUGAAGGUACGAAGAAGAAGAAGAAGAAGCUUAAGUCGUUGGAUCCGGAGAGGGAGACAAGUGUGGUAGAAGAUCUGCAGAACAGCCAGCCUGGGGACAUCACCGAUAGAAGGGCCAAGGAGAAGAGCCACCAAGAGGAGGAUGAGGACAGAGUCGAGUCUGUGAGAGCCAAAGGCAAAAAGAAAAAGAAAGGAAAACAAGAAGUCAAGUUGAAAAAUGACCCAGAGGUCGCCGAUAUUCCUCGGAGACCUGCCUUUGAUGACAGCCUCGUCCUGGGAGUCUAUAUCCACAGGACGGAUCGACUGAAGACUGACCUGCUGGUCUCACACCCCAUGGUCAAGGUCCACGUCAUCGAUGAAAUAACCGGCCAAUACGUGAAAAAAGAAGACAGUCACCGCCCAGUCUCAUCGUUCUAUGAGCGGGAGAGUGUGGAGCAUAUACUUCCCAUCAUCACCCAGCCUUUCGACUUCAGGAAGAACAAGACAACCAUUCCGGAGUGGGAGGAGCAGAUCAUCUUUAACGAACGCUUUGGAUAUUUCCUCCAGGAUAACAAUGAAGGCCCAAGAGUUAUUCUUUUUUUUGAGGUUCUAGAUUUUAUUUCCAUGGAGGAAGCCAGAGCCAAUGUUGACGUUGACAAACAUGAACGAGGGUUUCGAAAAAUCGCCUGGGCAUUUCUAAAGCUGGUGGGCACCAAUGGAGUUCAGAACAUCGACAGUAAACUGCGCCUGCAGCUCUUCUGUCCCCCUCCCAGGGGCAAGAGACUGGAUAACACCAUAGAGGUGGUGGACUGGUGGCGGAGGUAUCCCCGCAGCAGAUACGCCUCCACCCUCUACGUCACUGUGAAAGGCCUCAAACUGCCCGACCAUGUGGACCCCAGUAUUCGCUCUAUGAUGGCCCUGCAGCAGGAGAGGGGCUCCACUUCCUUUAGCGAGCUGCAGAGUGAGACCACCAGGAGAACCGUAACGCAGUCUCAGGACAGCCGACCCGAGCUCCUACGCUGGAGCAGAAUGCCUGGCCAGGUGUGCCGGAUUCCAAAUAAGCCUUUCCUGUCAUUCCGCGGCGGUCAGAUGGGCUGUUUCACCGUCCGCUUUUCACACCAAGGGAGGAGGCUGGCAACGGCGUGUGCUGACAGAGAUGCUUUCCCUGUUGUUGUGUAUGAGAUUCCUUCAGGCAAGGUGUUGGCCGCCUUUAAUGGGCAUCUCAGUAUCGUGUAUGAUCUCUGUUGGUCCAGAGACGACCGGAGCCUCCUGUCUGCUUCUUCUGACGGCACUGUCAGGAUGUGGGACGUGCAGAGGCUCCAGGCCAUAGCCCGGAAGGUGCUUCCGCACCCGUCGUUUGUCUACUGUGCCCAGUUCCACCCGGCGGCCCAGGGCCUGGUGGUGUCAGGGGGUUACGACUGCCUGGUGAGGGUCUGGACAGUGGACGUCAAGGAUGUCAAUGGACUGCUGCUGCAGGAGUUCGAGGGUCACAAGAGCUUCAUCAACACUCUGUGUUUCGACUCUGAAGGAAACCGAAUGUUCUCCGCGGACAACUUUGGGGUCAUCAUCGUGUGGAGGACCUCGAUUGAAGACAGUUCCCAUCAGAGACCAUAUCGUGAAUGGAACAUUGAGAAGGAGAUAUGCGAGAGUGAGCUGAGCGGCCUUCCCAUCAACACUUUAGAAGUCCACCCUAAUGGCCGGCGUCUGCUGAUCCAUGCCAAGGACAGUGCUGUCAGAGUGAUGGAUCUCAGAGUGCUGGCUGUGAAGAAAUACACAGGGGCGACUAACUACAGAGAGAGAAUCCACAGCACGUUCACCCCCUGUGGGAGCUUCAUCUUCUCAGGCAGUGAGGACGGCAUGGCCUAUGUGUGGAAUGCAGAAACUGGUGACCAGGUGGCGGUGUACUCUGAGCUGUGCUACCCGACCGCCCUCCGUGGCGUGGCCUUCCACCCUCAGGAGAACAUGGUGGCCUUCUGUGCCUUCGGCCAGAGCCAGCCGGUCCACGUCUAUCUAUAUGACCACAAAUUAUCCCAACUGGAGGGUGAGAGCCUGAUGGGGCGCAGCAGGUCUGGAUUAACCAACACUACGACGACGAGUAAGUCGUCUGAGCCGGUGACCUUUCGGGAGACCCACGGAGGGGCCAUGGACAACUUUGUUAGCGCUGCACGGCUGUCGAUGAAGAUGCAGCGUGUCAAUGACAAACUGCAGUCUGUUCUGGAACCGUCUCGGAACUCCACUGCUGGGGAAUAUCUGUACGAGCAAGGGGUCAACUCUCAAAUGGGGAGAAGCCGACCUCAGGAACCAGGCCCAACGACCUUUGACUCUUCCCUCCCCCCCCCGUCCCUCCUGUCACCACAUUCCAAACUGCAGCGGUCUGGGUCCCUGGGAGCUCCGUUCAUCCCGCAGGCAAUCCUCAGCUCACAGAACCGUGGUUUCAGCCCAGUGGGUCAGCAUUUAGGAAGAGCUCCAUCUUUCAGGCAACAGACUAGCUGCCAUGAUCAUCUGUCUACAGCAUUUAAAGUGGAAGCAGAUUGUUUGGUACCAGUUCCACCAACGGUUGUCUCUUUAUACGGCUAUAGUGCUAACCGCUCAGAUGAGUUAACAGUACAGCGUGGUGAUGUCAUCCAUGUGCUCUACAAAGACAAUGAGAACUGGUGGUUUGGCCAGCUGGCUGGAGGUCAGCAGGGGUACUUCCCAGCUUCCUAUGUGGUGGAAGAGCGGGAUUACAACGAGGAGCUGUCUCAGGGCCUAGAGACACAGGCUGCCCUGUCUGAACACACUGACCUAUCAGCUCCUUUGUCCAAACCGCGGAACAACCGACCAUUCCCUCGGUGUGAACCUACUGACCAGUUGAGAUCGGAUGAGAGGUUGACGCCGACCAAGGUGUCAGCUUCCGUGGUCUCUGGGGAGCUCAAGUUCAUCUCUGAGCCGGAUACAGACCCAGAGCAGCCCGCUGCCACCAGAGUUAAGAAGAAGAAACAUUUAGUGAAGAAGUCAGAAGCUCAGUCAUCGCCACUGAUGGCCACGUCCUCUGACCCGGAUGCCCCCAGAACAUCAUCUACCAAGAGGAGGACCAAGCCUGCAGUCAGCAGACCGCUGCCCCCAACCCCUAGAAGAGGACAAUCUAACAGCGCCUUUGAGCAAGAUACCUAGACCAAUGAGUUUCCACUAAGUGUAUAUUUUUAACACUCAUUUCUCCCUUUCAUCAGGAAAUAAGUUAGGAAGCCAUCCUGUACAGCAUAAUGUUUUUUGGAGUUCAGUUACAAAAGUUCAGUUUUUUAAUAACCUCUGCAUUUCUAAAUGUAUAUUCUUACGUCCAAAAAUGUAGUUUUAUUGGAGAGAUUUUGUAUGUUUUGCCAUUUUGUUUUCAUUGUAUUUAUUGGAGCAAUAUAUUCAUUGAA